UCUCACACUUGUUCUCUUGUUUUCUACAGUACUUGUCUCUCUUUGUUCUUUCUGUCUUCACUGAACUUCACUUAAACUUCAGUGUCUUUUUCUGCUUCUUUUUUGUUUCAUAAACCUCUGCAGUCGAUUUAAAGAAAAAAGCAAUGACUGGUUCUUUAAAUGAUUUUCCCAUUAGAGGAUUGCUUGUGUAGGGAAGGCCCAGAUGGAUUUCAGCAGGGAGGUGUUGCGACAGAACAGUUCCUACAGGUGUGUGAUAGACCAGGACGAUACAGCCAUGGCGUGCCUCAACAUCUUCCAAAACUCGGAGGUUCCACGUAACCUUUCAUCUAUGAUGCCCUUCCUUGCUGCUCUCUCGGAGUUAGCGUCCAAUGGAGAUCUGGGGCUUCUGGAAAGCCUAGUGAGGAAGGACCCCUGGGUCCUGAGAGAGAGAGACGACGCGGGGGCCGGCCCCCUCCACCACGCCUCCGCUGGAGGCCAUGUCCGUGCGCUCCACUUCAUCACCUCUGCCACCGAUCAGAAGGAGCUGAAUAGUUGUGAUGUGGAUGGCAAUGUGCCUCUCCACUGGGCUGUGCAGAGGAACCAGUCUGGGAGUUGCGCAAUCCUGCUGGAACUCGGAGCUGACCCCAACAUCCUCAACACGGCCCUCAUGUCCCCUCUACACCUGGCUGUCAGCCAAGGACACAACAGCUUGCUGGAGCUGCUGCUGUCUAACAAGAGCACUGAUGCGAACCUGGAGGGUGACCUGGGUAACACCCCUCUGAUGCUGGCCUGCUCAGUCAACAACUGUGAGGCCCUCAACAUGCUGCUGAAGCACGGAGCUCGGAUGUGUCAUCAAAACAAGCUGGGGCACUUUGCCAUCCACGCUGCUGCCUUCUCCGGAGCCCGGGAAGCCAUGGACAUCAUCCUGAAGGCCGGAGUUGAUUUUGACCACCCGGUGGAGAAACACAUCAACUACCUGGACAAGUCCAAAAGCAGCCCCCUCCACCUGGCCGUGCAUGGGGGCAACAUGGAGGUGAUCCGCUUCUGCAUCUCCAAAGGAGCCAGAAUCGACCAGCAGCAGGUUGACAAGUCCACGGCACUGCACUUUGCCUGUACGCAGGGGGCAAUAGGAGCAGUCAAACUGAUGCUGUGUUCCUACAGUAGAGUGGAUGACAUCAUCAACCUCCCCGAUGGGGCCUUUCAGACUCCACUCCACAGGGCCACAAUAUUUGAUCACAAAGACUUGGCAGAGUACCUCUUGUCAAAGGGAGCAGACGUCAACAGCAUAGACUGCAAGGACCACACACCCCUGCUGCUGGCCACCAGCUGUGGAGCAUGGAAAACAGUGUCUCUCCUGCUGUCUCACGGGGCGGACGUUAGCAUUAAAGACAGAUCAGGCUGCAAUUUCCUCCACCUUGCCAUCCUGCAGCCCAAAGCCCUAAGGAACCUCACCCAGGAAAUGCUACAGCACAGCGUCAUAAAGGAUCUACUGAGUGAGGAGGAUCAUGAGGGCUGUACCCCCCUCCACUACGCCUGCAGGCUGGGCAUCCCUGACUCAGUGAGGAACAUGCUGGGUCUCUCAGGGCAGGUCUGUCUGGAACGCAAGUCUAAGGACAAGAAGUCAGCCUUGCACUUUGCUGCCCAGUUUGGGCGUUUCAACACCUGUGAGAGGCUGCUGGAGACCAUCACUGACUCCCGCCUGCUGAACGAGGGGGAUGAGCGGGGCUUGACUCCUCUCCACCUGGCAGCAGGAGCGGGCCACACCAAGGUAGUGGAGCUGCUGCUGCGCAAAGGAGCCCUCUUCCACAGUGAUUACAAAGGCUGGACGUGUUUACACCAUGCUGCUGCAGAAGGGUACACCCAGACCAUGAAGGUCCUGCUGACCUCCAACAUCAAACUACUGGACAAGGUGGACGAGGACGGGAGCACGGCGUUGCACAUGGCAGCUAAGGAGGGGCACGUUGCAGCGGUGAAGCUCCUGCUGGGAAGAGGGGCAGAGAUCGUCCUCAACAUGGACCACACCUCGUUCCUCCAUGAGGCAAUACAACAUGGGAAAAAGGAAGUGGUCAAAACUGUCAUUGACAGUGACAGAUGUGCUGAGGCUAUUACAUCAUUCAAGAUUGGCACCAGUCAGAGAUGUGCUGUUCUUGACAUGAUAGAGUUUCUACCUGAGUCUUGCCAGCACCUGCUGGACAGCUGUGUGACAGAGUCAGACGAUGAUGCCAACAGUCUUGACUACCAUAUUGAAUACAAUUUCCGGUGGCUUCAGGCUCCGUUGGCGCUGAAGAAGCACUCGAGGCAUGACAAAAGCCUGCACGUCCAACCACUAUCUGCACUGAAUUCCAUGGUGCAAUUCAACCGCAUAGAGCUCCUCAGCCACUCAGUCUGUGAGAAGUACCUGGAGAUGAAGUGGCUGGCAUAUGGAAGCAAGGCCCAUAUUCUCAACCUGUUUGUCUACCUGCUGGGCCUGCUGCCUCUCACCCACCUCAUAAUCACCCUUAGACCCAUUCUGAGCUUCACUGGCAACCAAACAUCGGUCAACAUGGUGCCCAUAUCCUUCACGGAGCAGAGUGUGUCCCGGUCCUUCUGCAUGGUGAUGGUACUCCUCAUGAACAUCCAUGCGAUUGUGAAGGAGGUGGUGCAGAUCUCACAACAGAGGCUGAACUACUUUAAGGAUGCUUCAAACCCCCUGGACUGGUGUGCAGCUGUGUUCUCCCUCCUCUUCAUCACCCCACUCUUCUUCAACUCAUCUGGGACCCUGCACUGGGAAGCAGGGGCUUGCGCCAUCUUCCUGGCCUGGGUCAACUUCCUCCUCUACCUCCAAAGGUUCGGGCAUUUUGGGAUUUACGUGGUCAUGUUCGGAGAGAUCAUGAAGACGUUGGUGUGCAUCAUAGUCCUCUUCUUCUUCCUCAUGUUAGCCUUUGGCCUGGGCUUUUAUGCCAUUAUGCUCAACCAGAGUGAAUUCAGUCGUCUAGACCUCUCUGUGCUGCAGACCUUUGUGAUGAUGGUGGGAGAGCUCAACUACCAGGGCAACUUCCUGGAUGCCUACCUGAAAGACGAGCUUCCUUUCCCCUUGCUGACCUUUGUCCUUUUUGUGCAUUUUGUUCUGCUCAUGCCGAUAUUACUGAUGAACCUCCUGAUUGGUUUGGCUGUAGGAGACAUCGCAGAAGUUCAGAGAAAUGCUGCCCUGAAGAGAAUAGCAAUGCAGAUUGAGCUCCACACCAAUCUGGAAGAAAGGCUGCCUUACUGGUUCAUGAAGCAUGUUGACAAGCCCUCCAUAACCGUCUACCCCAACCGCAAGUGUUCCAGGGUCUUGUUCAAUAUGGGAGAGACUACAAAGAGACGGACUCGUCUGCACCUGCAGAACUCCCGGGACUUGACACCCCUGGAGAACGAACAGCAGAAACAGAAAUACAGACUGAAGGAGAUGUCCAGCGUGCUGGACAAGCAGCACAGCCUUCUGAAGCUCAUCAUCCAGAAGAUGGAGAUCACCUCCGAGGCGGACGAUUACGACGGGCCAAAGACGGUCAAAGACGAGAGGCACAAGUCAAAGAGGAGUGCAAGUACAAACAAGGGGUCCAAAUGGGUCCCCUUAAUGAAGGCCAUUGAAGCCAGAAAAUGAUGAGGAUGCAAAAACCUAUAUAACUCUACAACUAUAUUAAUUAUACCUAAAGCCCUGAAUAUACUGUUGAGUGUCAAAGAUAUGGAUAUGAGCAUUACAUUGUUAUGAUCUAAGUAACGUUAUUAUUUUGAAACGACAUAAAUACAGUACUGUAAUGCAAAUUAGAAUUAUAUGAAAAAAUUAAAACUUUAAUAUUGUAUUUACGUGCAGUGGUGUAGCAUGACAAGCAUGUUUAGAAACAUACUGUACAGUGAUAAAUGGUGUGACCAGUGCUUAAGCACUGUGCCAAUUAUUAUGUUCCUUUCUACUGCAUGCCCUGUCAGACAAUUCAAUCUAAUUUUUACAACAAUAACAAAUAUACUAUGUUGUUCUUGAAUAGUUUUAUUUAAUAUAAAAAAUGAAUAACAAUUUUAA